AUGGGCGCCCGGUCGUCGUGGCUACAGGCUCUUCUCCUCUCAUUAUACGCGCAUUCUUCUCUCUCUCAAUCCACGCCCCCCAGCAACCCUUUCCCGGCCGGCCAACUGCCUGACCCAACCAAUUCAUUGAAAGUAGAUCUUGGCUAUGCUGGCUAUGCUGGGGUGUACAAUGAUGGUUUGAAUCAUUGGUAUGGGAGACUGCGAUGGCAGGCAUCUAUUCCUCCGCAGACAACAUUCAAUGGCACCUUUGUAAAUGCAAGUACUAUGGGUUCAGUAUGUCCUCAGGCGCCAGAUCAUAUUGAUACGGCAGAGCCUAAGUGGACAGCGAGCUCAUCAGAAAGUGAAGAUUGUUUGAUUUUGAAUGUCUGGUCCCCGCCCGAUGCUGUCGAUUUGCCCGUUUUUGUUUAUAUCCAUGGCGGUGGUUAUGGCACUGGAUCAGGGGACACCAACCUGCCGUUUCUUAUCAAUGUUUCUGAGUCAAAAUUUGUCGGUGUCGCAAUGCAAUACCGACUUGCAGCGUUUGGAUUCCUCGCAGGCAAUGAAGUCCAGGAAUAUGGAACCGCUAAUGCCGGUCUACAUGACCAAUAUCUGGCUCUGCAAUGGAUACAGAAGUAUAUUUCGCUCUUUGGGGGAGAUCCAAACCGUGUCACUAUAGCCGGCGAAUCGGCCGGCGGUGGCUCGGUAAUGUUGCACUCUAUGGCCUACGGUGGUGCUGUGGGAGACGAUCUGUUCGAUGGCGUUUUUGCUGCGAGCCCUUAUCUUCCUCAGCAAUGGAACUACGACGAUCCCGCUACAGUUGCGGCGUACGAGACGUUUGCUGAUUUAGCAGGAUGCUCUAAUAGUACCACGGAAACUGUUUUCGACUGCCUCGUGGCCCAAGAUACUGACAUCCUUCAAAAUGCUUCUUACGCUGCUACUGUUAAUGCCAAAUACGGACAAUGGGCCUUCCUGCCUGUCACAGAUGGGAGAUUUGUUCAGCAACGGCCAAGUGUGCAACUUACUAAAGGACCCCUCAAUGGGAACCGAGGCUUAGUAGGAAAUAACGCAAACGAAGGCGUCAGCUUUGUGCCCCAAAAUAUUAGUACGGAGGACGACUUUGUCGAGUUCAUCCGCUAUUUAAUGCCCCAGCUUACUGAUAGAGAAGUACAACCAAUAUUGGAUCAAUACCCUAUGCCACAAGAUCCGCCAACAGUCCGUUUCGCUACAGACGGCGUUGAUGAAGAUGCAACAGCCGUUUUUGUGAGCCCCUUUGCAGUUGGCCAGCAGCAGCGUGCUAACAAUCUCUAUGCAGAGAUGACGUUUGUCUGUCCAUCAUACUGGCUUGCUGAUGCAUUCGGCCGGCAUGGAAGGCAGAGUCAUAAGUACCAGUUCUCACUUGUAAACUCAUUGCAUGCGGAUGAUUUGGCUACAUAUUUCCAAAUUUACGGUUACUUACAAGACACCAUGUCCCAAGCAUUCCAGGAUUCCUUUAUCUAUAGUUUUAUCGCUAACGGAGCACCAACCAACGUCAGCACUUAUAUAUCUGACGUGCCAACGGACAUCGCCCAAGUUUUAGCGUCCUGGCCAGCAUACACACCACAAAAUCCACUCCAAGUGAGCCUCAACCAAACGGGCGGAAAUUUGACCACUGCCACCGACCUGGCCAAUCCCUAUGAUUUCGAGAUUGAGACCUACGUCGAGCCCGGAUUAGUACCGAAUUUCACGGUGGUGAAUGCAUACGACUGGGAAGGUGGCCGGGGAGCCAGAUGCGAUUUUUGGAAGUCAAUAGGAGAGGUUAUACGCGCGUCCAAUCGGAUGCUUGCUGGACCGAUCAACCGGCAGUUGCUUCCCGGUACAGUAGCCGAUCAGAUGCGCGGGUCCGCCGGCCCGACGAUGCAUUUGCAUCGAUCCGGUCGAGACCAACCGCUUCGUCGUCCCUGGGCCCUAUGGAAAGCAAGGACUCGACAAGUCGAUAUUAUCGAUACUGAUGAUGACUCGAUAACCCCCCAGGCUGCUCAUGUCCUCCGUAACACAAGAUACGUCAGCACAAGUCAACAUGCCAAGUCAUCGGCGACGGUGCUGGGUUCAGGACCAGUAGGCACAACUGCAAAUGGCUCGCUCUUGCAGCCAUCAUACUCUGUGCCACAGGCAUUGCAACCUGGACAGUCCAAGAGUCAGCACAACCACCUCCAAAAGCCUGAAGGAACGGCGCCACCAUCCAAACUUACCUCCACCAAGUCGCCACUUGGAGACCUCCCGCUUUCUGCAGUCCUACGAUCGGCUUUCAUUCUAACCGUUUCGUCAUCGCCGCUACUGCUCCGGCCGUGCAUAUGGGCACUCUCGCUCCUAGAGAAUCCUAAAUCUGCUCUUACAGACGUGGAUCGCAAUCCGUUGCUGAAGUGGGUGGUGAAGAAGACUAUCUACAAGCAGUUUAAUGCCGGAGAGAAUAAAGCAGAGGUACAACAGUCUAUUGUGGAGACUAAAGACCUAGGCUGUCGCGGCGUGUUGUUGGGAUAUGCUCGUGAGGUAUUGGUUGCAGAUAGUAACUCAAAUCCACACGAUGAGACGCUGGCGCGACAGGAGAUAGAUACAUGGCUGCAAGGCACAUUACAAGGUGUUGAUAUGGCGACCGAAGGAGAUUUUAUUGCGUUGAAGUUUACAGGCAUGGGCACGCAAGCUGUACAUCUCUUAAAAGACCGUCAGCCACCGUCUGAAUACAUGGAUAGUGCGAUUCGCAAGGCUUGUGACGCUGCCAUCGCCAAAUCAGCACGCCUUUUGGUGGAUGCAGAAGAGCAGGCCGUCCAAUUGGGCAUUGAAGACUGGAUUAUGAAAUAUCAAAAGUAUUGCAACUUGCAAACUCCCGGACGCGCUACCUUUUACGGCACCUAUCAAGCCUACCUAAAAGGAGUGCCAGCCAAUAUUGCCAGACAUCUCGCUAUGGCCGAGAAAGAUGGGUAUACUCUAGGAGUAAAGCUUGUUCGGGGCGCAUACAUGAAAAUAGAGUCACGUCAUUUGAUUUGGGACACCAAAGAAGAUACAGACGCAUGCUAUGACGGCAUUGUCGAAGCCCUUCUGACGCGACGCUACAAUUCGAUGCUUCGCCCUGCACCGGAGAGCAAGGAUCAGAAGUGCUUACCUUCUGUGAAUGCAAUAAUCGCCACACACAACCGCGACUCCGUGCUUAAGGCCCAUUCAAUCCGUACUAAACAAGCCGCAAACAACGAGCCACGAAUUGAGUUGGCAUAUGCGCAACUGCAGGGCAUGGCAGACGAAAUCAGCUGCGAUCUGAUUCAUAGUUUCUCUCAUACCACAGAACAAGAUUUCUCCACCAAGGAAAUUCAACCCCUCGAAAGGCCUAAUGUUUAUAAACUGCUUACCUGGGGCUCCGUUCAGGAGUGCAUGGGAUUUUUGUUUCGUCGUGCCCUUGAGAAUACAGAGGCCGUGACUAGGACAAAGGAUUCACGGAUAGCUAUGUAUGGGGAACUGUGGAGGAGGGCAAAGCUUGCUGUAACAGGGCAACGGAGAGGAUAA